CAGUUACCUUUGGGCAGUGAGUGGGGGAGGACGCACAAACGCCGCCGGAACCCUAACAGUGCUUUAGGAAAUGAAACUGUGAUAGAGAAAGAAAGUAGAAAAUCUCCCACCACCACCAUGCCCUCCACUCAUCUCCCGCUCCUCCUCCUCAUCUCCUCGCUCCUCCUCUUCCACUUACCUCCACCCGCCCACACUCAACACCUCGAGAACGACCUCCAAGUCCUCCUGCACGACUUGGAUGGAGGAGGAGGUGGAGGAGGAGGAGGAGAUAACAUGGAGGAGAUGACUGGAGAUAAAGGAGAUGAUGAUUUUGAGGUGGAGUUGCUGUAUCGCCCUGAUUCUGAAGAUCCACCUCUGAUUCAACCCUCCUCCUCCUCCUCCUCUUCCUCCUCUUCCAUGGGCGUGAGGAGGCUCUGGGGCGUUGAGGAUACCCAGGCUUUCGUGGGGCGUCUCUUCCGGCAUCCUAUCCCGAAGGACGCGUUCCAGGGCCAGGUGGAGUCCUACCAGGUGAAGGGCCUCCCGGCGUGGCUGUCGUGGAACGCUGCUCAGUCCGCCGUGGAGGGUGUGGCGCGCCCCUCCGAUCGCGGCCACCACUACGUGACGGUGCGGGCGCGCGGCGUGGACGGCUCCCGCGCCAAGGACGUGUUUGCUGUGGAGGUGGUGCCUCUGCCGGGCUCCGUGCUUACCCAUGAGGGCGGGCGGUGCGGCGGGGGGCGUGCAGGAGGGCGUGGAGGGCGUAGUUCUGACGUCACCAUACUCACCGUACUACUGCGGGUACACCUGUCCACUCUACCGGCCCCGCGGAGACUCCAGGUGUUGAGGGAGGCUAACAACUUCAUGGCCAGGAAUGCGUCCUUCAUUCCCGCCCCUCAUGACGCCGACCCUCUCGCCGACGACGCCGCACUGCAAGCCGGGCCGGGCAGCUCCACCCUCACCAGCGGAAGGGACGCUAGCUCUCCCCUGCGGUCCCUUUCACAGCUGCAGUGGGCGGUCGGCUGCGGAGGGGACGUGACCGCAUCUGCCCAGCCCGCCCUUGACCGCGUAGAGGCAGCGGCGAGGAACGGAGACCUGGAGAAGCUGCUGGGUCUUCCUGUCCUGGGCUGGCAUGUGACACGGGUCAACCCCACAUCAAACCGCGUGCGGCGCCAGGCGGACUACUCAGGCGACUACGGCGAGGAGGGCGAUGGUGACGGCGGCGGCGACGACGCUUUCUACGAUAGCGAUUACUCCUACAACUACGACUACGACGACUACAUCUACGGCGGGCCCCUGGGGGAGAGCGAUGACGUGGAGAGCAUCGACUACGGGGCGGAGCCGGUGCCGGAGACGCGCGUGAUCCCGAGCCUCGCCACGCCGUCCUUCCCCGAGCCUUCCUCCGUCCCCUCCUCCGCCUCGGUCCCGUUGGCGUCGAGAGUUCAUCCGGAUUCGGCGCUUCACUUCUCCCCCGUUUUGGUGUCGACGCCUGUUUAUGUGCCCGAGAAGCCUUCCCGUAUCCUUGAGGCAAGCCCGACUGUUACCUAUGAGACAGCUUACCCUACAGACCUGCCUUACCCUAGCCUUGAAGGAUCAAUGACUAACCAGCCUACCUCUGUGAUCAGCUCCACCACUCCGCUCACCAUCACACCCGUCACCACCCAGCCCGUCGCCCCCACCACAGUCCGCACCCACACCGAGACUGAGAGUGCUGUCAAGAACUAUCCUCCGCGCAUCAAGAAUAGGAUACAGAAGGUGGCCUGGGUCGCCGGACACGUCUACCGCUUGCCCAUCCCCGCCGACACCUUUGAGGACUUCGAGGAUGGGGACACACGCAACCUCAAGCUCAUCUUCAAGACCUCGCAGAACCUCAACAUUGGCCACAACUCCUGGAUCCAGUUUGACCCCAGCAACCAGGAGAUUUACGCCCUGCCGCUGGAGCAAGACAUCGGCCGGUAUAGCUACUUCCUGGAGGCCAUGGACAGCGAGGGGAAGACCAUCACGGACACAGUCAUCAUCCACGUCCAGCAGCCGAGGGAGGGACGGAACUUCAACCAUCGCUUCACCGCUGUUUUCACGCCGGAGAAGAAGUAUGACUAUGAGUUCGUCUACUCGCUGGACUGGCAGAUCCGUGUGGUGGAGAAGCUUGCGCACCUCUACGGCGACGCCACCACUGGGAAUAUCAAUGUGCGCUCCAUCUCCGAGAACCCCAACAAGCUCACCUGGACCAACACUUCCCUGGCCAACUCGCGCUCCACCUUCUGCCCUGCCGACGAGCUGGAGGCUGUGGCUGAGGUGGUGGUGAGCGGAGAUGAUCACGGCAUGACGAGGGAGGUUAAGGAGGCGUUCAAACCCGAGUUCCACCUCAAACGCGUCCACCUCCACUACCUCGGCCCUUGUGAAGAGCUACGUCCCUCCAAACCAGCCGUCCCCAGGCCCCCCAUAGCUCCCCCUGAGGAGAACGUGGAUGCAGGCGGCGACGGGGACACCUUCAACCGCGAACCCAUCAUCCGCAACCCCAUCGACCUGCUCAACGCUACGCAGGGCUCGCUCUUCAGGUUCCAGGUGCCACAGGACACAUGCUACGACCUGGAAGACGGCAAUUCACACCGGCUCAGAAUGCGGCUGCUCACCUCAAUGCUGGCUGACGUGCCCCUGGAUUCCUGGCUCCAGUUCGAUGUCGCCAACCACGAGUUCUACGGCAUCCCCUUGGCUGACGAUGUUGGCAAGACUGAGUACAACCUGGAAUGCGUCGACAGCGGAGGCAAGAAGAUCAUCGACGCGCUCUUCGUAAGUGUCACACGGAGACCAUCGCGAGGCCUCCCAGCAGCCCAGUUCGACAUCACCAUACAGAAGAGCUUCCGAGAGUUCAACCGUGACGCCCAGCUCAAGGCCAAGCUCGUAGAACGCAUCGCCCAGGCCUUCGGAGACCCUGACCCGACCCACAUAGCCAUCGACGCGAUCACGGAUGGCUCGGUCGUUGUUUCCUGGCACAACACGUCACUGCCAAGCGAUCCAUGCCCCGAGGAGGAGUUACGGAAGUUACGAGAGGUGAUGUUGGACUCGGACGGACAGCUUUUGAGGUCGUUCGUGGAGUCGUUCGCCCCGGAAUACACGGUUACAUCAGGGCGACUAACCCCCGCUGGUGUCUGCCUCGGAGGGGACACGCCAACGCAUAUCGAGGAGGAGGAACACAAGCCUGGGGUGUCGGACAACAUCGAAGGCGAGGAUAACGAGUACCUCAUCAACUUCAUCAUCCCCGCCGUCAUCAUCGCCGCCAUGCUGUUCCUGGCCGCCAUAAUCGCGUGCUGCCUCUACCACCGCCGCCGCUACGGGAAGAUGACCAUGGCGGAUGAUAGGACGUUCGUGUCAAAGGGAAUCCCGAUCAUAUUCGCUGAGGAGUUGGAUGACCGUCCGGACCCCGCCAAGAGCCCAGUCAUCAUGAAGGAGGAGAAGCCGCCACUUCCCCCGCCGGAGUACCAGAGAGGGUCCCCAGCUGCCCCCGCCACCCCGCCGAACACCGACCGCCGCCGCCCGAAUUCCGGUCACGAGGGCGGGGAUGACACACCCUCCUACCAGCCACCCCCGCCAUUCACCGCCACAAAUGGUGCCUCCCGCCACCCUCGCCCUAACAUGCCUCCCACCUACAGGAAGCCACCCACUUACGUCCCGCCCUAAGCCACCGCAAGCCGCCACCCUCAGCCGCCAGCCGCCAUCCUUCCCGGCCGCCCGUAAUGGUUUCUCUCGUGCCAUUAUUUGAAGGGUGUGAGGGUAAGGGGAUGUGGGUGUAAGGGUGGAGAAAUGGAGGUAAGGGGGAAGGGAGGUGACGUGUGUGUGUGUGUGUGUGUAUGUGUGUGUGUGUUGUCCCGGGCCAGUCAGUCAAGAUUUAUUUUUUAUUUUUUUAUAGAAAGUGAUGUAAAAACUGCAGUACCAUCCCUCUGUGUGCGUGCGUGUGUGUGUCUGUGUGCGUAUGUGUGUGCGUUUAUACCAGCCUCAUCAUACUGUCAUCAUUAUCAUUGUUUUUCUGAGAGGAACUUGGAAAAAAAAAACUACAUUAUAAUUCAUCUUUUUACAUAUACUUUUGCAAUUUUAAAAGUAUUGAAAAAAAGCACAAGAUUAUUAAGUUCUCUCACACUUGCACAAAAUACAUUAAUGCCCCACUUAUUAUCAUUAUUAUUAUUGUUAUUAUUAUUAUUAUUGUUAUUAGGGGGAUAUACAGCACAAUGAAAGGAAGUAUUAUGAGUGUUAUACUGAAUACUAUUGUUGAAGAAUAAUGAAGAAAUAAAUAUGGGUGUUAAAAUAUAGUUAUGGAGAGCUAAAUGUGAUGUUUGUAAUUGUUUUUUAUAUGGAUUUUUUUUUUUUUUUACCUCUCUCUCUCUCUCUCUCUCUCUCUCUCUCUCUCUC